GAGAGAGAGAGAGAGAGAGAGAGAGAGAGAGAGAGAGAGAGCUCUGAGAAAGGUCCAUCAGGACACACCCUUUCCUUCCAAAGGUAGUUUACGUGACUAAUGGUUCCACCGUGUACGGGCCUGUUGUGUUCAACUCUCGUGUACUGGGCUUCAUUUGUUUAACUCUAAUCAUUAACUAAGAGUAGAGCCGAAGCUUUCAAACAUAACUGGAAUUCCACUCGCAGAGGAAGAACUCAAGUCUGCUGCUGGCCAAACCAUCAUACAAACAGAGCAACGACGUGUUCGUGAGAAAUGGAGAAGACUGAGAUUUGUUGAGGUGAGAGCAGAGCUGUGUUGGAUGAUGGCCUUUCGGUUUGAAACUAAACGUGGUGAUUUUUUCAGUGAAAAGCAAAUGUGAUUUUCCAAGGCAGUUUGACGAUUCCUGAUGUUGAUAACGGUGAGAUAAGCAGGACUAAAGUCAAAGACUGGGAGCGCCGCGUCAAAAGCGAUAUCAAAAAGGGUGACAUCAUGGAGCACAACGAGGAAACACAGAUUGACUGGAAAAGACUGGAGCCGAAAUACGCGGUAAAGAUCUUCCUCACUGUGCUGUACAGCUUCAUCCUCAUCCUCGGCAUUCUGGGAAACAGCGUUACCAUUCACGUGGCGCAGUUGCUCCAGAGAAACGGGUACCUGCAGAAAAACGUCACCGAUCACAUGGUGAGCCUGGCCUGCUCCGAUUUAUUGGUGCUAUUGAUCGGCAUGCCCGUGGAGCUCUACAGUGCCAUCUGGUCUCCAUUUACAUCCACCUCUGGUGAUGCUGCUUGCAAGAUCUACAACUUUUUAUUUGAGGCGUGCAGCUAUGCCACGAUACUGAAUGUGGUCACGCUGAGUUUUGAGCGUUACCUUGCCAUCUGCCACCCGUUUCGUUACAAAGCCUUAAGUGGCAGCCGUACGGUGAAACUCCUGCUCUUGGCGUGGCUCUGCUCCGCCUUCGUGGCUUUGCCGCUGCUUAUUGCCACAGGAACAGAAAUCCACAGCACACCGGUGCAAAACGUGACGUUCUGCACAAACCUGAACGAGCACUGGGUCAUGUAUCGCACCAGCAUCUUCACAGCGUUUAUUCUUUAUCUACUCGUCCUGGGUGGAGUGGCCUUCAUGUGCAGAGGAAUGAUUCUCGUGCUUCGUGCCCCGUUGGGCCCCAGCGACGUGGCAGCAAAUGGAGCUGGGCGGGGCGUCCCCAAACACGAGAGUGCCCGGAUAAAAGCGUCACGGAAAACAAGCAUCCUCUUCUUGGUGCUGAUCGUCUGUGCUUUGUUUCUGUGCUGGAUGCCAAAUCAGAUCCGUCGGCUGAUGACGGCGGCUGUGCCCAAGUCCUCGUGGACCGUGAGCUAUCUCAGCAGCUACGUGAAGCUUCAUCCGGUGGCGGACACCUUCUUCUAUUUGAGCUCAGUGCUGAACCCGCUGCUGUAUAAUCUCUCAUCGCGCCAAUUCCGCUCGGCCUUCUGCCACACACUCCUGUGCCGUCUGUCGCUCCAGCAUGUCAACAAACGGACACUGGAGAGCAGUCAAGCCUCGAGGAGCUCCGGUAACACGAUACGACCCCUGCUGCGCAGAUCUUUAAACCGUAUAAUAAGAGCCACUGGGGAAGGAUCGACUGGUCCGUCGUCAGGAGAGAUUCAAACAGACCAGUCCAUCACCGAGCAUCCUGCUGCCAUAGAGAGGCUCGCCUCUCACCCUCAGGAGGAACAAACGAAUGAGGAGACAAAUCCAACGACCAUGAUAGAAGAACAAACUCUCUGUCCAGUACUACAGACAAACAUGGUCUAAAGAAAAUAACAUUAACUCGUUCAAAAUACAUUUUUUAUCUCUUUCUAUGAACCUAAACUGGCUGACCAUUUCAGUGCCACCUGAACACUCGACUGCUUCAGGUCUCCACCCGACUUCACUGCUCUCUACCCGACUGCACCUGACUUUUGUUUACAAACAGAGAGGAAUCAGCUCCAGGUUAUACAGUACUGUGCAAAAGUCUUAGGCUACCACCACCAGACUUGUUGUUUUAGAAGUUUUACACUAUAUAGUUUCCAUGUAAAAAUGACUUACAGCUCCCCCAUGUGGUUGAAAAGCGCAACAGUGCCUGGUAUCAGACACUCUUCUGCAGGCAGGGGGAGGGGCGGGGCUGUGUGCUCUACCCUCCACCGCCACUUUCAGAGUGCGCUUGUAGCAGCUAGGAGGCUGCUCAGGUUGCAGCAACAGUACAAUUUGUACAGUUAAAAGUUGUUCUAUCACUGAAAUAAUUUUAGUGACAUUAUUUAAAGGAAAAAAAAACGAUACAAACAAAAAAUACAAGAAAUAUGUACACAAAAUUAAAAAAUAAAAUUUUCUGGACUAAAUGUUUUCUUUAUGCAUUGUCUGUGUUUAGUGUGACCUCUCUUGGCACUAAACACAUCUUAAGCUUUUUUGAGCCGAAUUAAGUAAAAAUCUUUAAAAUUUCAUUUAGGUUUAAGAGAUCCUGUAGUUUCCUGCUAUUGCUCAAGUGGAAGGGGAUUUUACCCUUAAAACUUCACACAUCAGUUUAUACUUUCAUACAGUUUUUAAUACUAUAUACACAUUUCCUGUAUUUUCUGGAUGUGUUCUAUUAAAGACAAUGAGAAACAAUUACAUAUGAUCACAAUAACAUUGCAAAAACAACAAAUCUAAAUCUGGCAUGGUGGCCUAAGACUUUUGCACAGUACUGUAUGUCAGCAGCAGUAAU